AUGCACUCCACCGCCUCCGGUCACAGCCCAGGAUAAUCAGAAUCCAUGCUCAGAGUCAUCUGAUCUUGCAAAAAUUAACGCAGCAUAGCUAAUAAUCCACCAGAAUUCAGAAACCGUAGUGGAUUUUAAAAGGCAGCUUUAUUUUUGUGCCUUGCAUUUGAGGCAGAUUAAAUAAAUUGAAAAGGCAAGGCUAUCAGGCCAUUAUUUGUAUUUUACAGCUGUCCAGUUAGAGCUGACAGACCCUCUUUGCGUGGCCUGUUGACUGAUUAAGAGGCACAGUAAGUCUCUGGGAAUCAUAAAUGAACAGGGUGGAGAGAGGAGAGAUUGUUUUAGAGAAAAAAAAAUCAAAGGCUGAUGGAGUAACUCACUAGAAAUAGUUGCACUUCUAGACACGACAAAGAUUAUCAAAAAAACUAACAAAGAAAAAAAAAUAUCCCCCAAACCACAGAAAGGAAACUAGAUGACCACAUUACAAUUUUGACGUGGGAAUCAGAACAGUGUUUGUUACUGUUCUACAUCAAAAAACUGGACUGAAUCUUCUUCAAGAUGAAGAAUAAGCAAAGCAGAAUGAAAGGUAACUGGCUUUUGGGUUUGAGUGUCAUCCUGUUAAUAGGUGGAGUUCAUGGAUGUCCUGACAAAUGCCUAUGCUAUACAGCUUCAAAGACUGCAGAUUGCAAGAAUAGAGGAUUUACUGACAUUCCUGCCCACUUACCUCCUGGAAUACAGAUACUACAGUUGCAGAAUAACCGUAUUUGGAGAAUCAACCAAAAUGCAUUCACUGGAACACCGUUGCUAAAAAUCUUAGACUUGUCUAAUAAUUCUCUUUCCAGUUUAGCACCAGGUGCUUUCCAAAAAUUAAGAUAUCUACAGGUUCUAAACCUAACCAGAAAUUUGAUUCAUUAUAUAGAAAACAAGACUUUCAGUUUCCUCCCGCACCUGAAAGAACUGGACUUGUCAUCCAAUAGCAUUAUACGUUUGCCUGAGACCUUUGGAAACAGCACAGGGAAUAUAACAUUGCUGUCUGUGAAGCAUAACAAACUUCAGAAAAUGGAAAGAGUUCUGCUGGAGUCACUUCCAAACUUGAAAGUGGUUCUUUUCAAAGAUAAUCCCUGGCAAUGUAAUUGUAAUGUCUUUGGCCUGAAACUGUGGCUGGAAAGCUUCUUAUACAGAGGAGGAAUAAGUGAUGGCAUUAUCUGCUCAUCACCAGGGAUCAGGAAGGGAAAGGACCUCCUCAAAGUUCCCUAUGAGCUGUUUGGGGCAUGCCCUUUAAUGACAGCUCACGUUCAUCGGGCUAGCAUCCACCACCACAGCUUUGAGCACAGAAGUUCCCCGAAGCACGCUCAUCACAACGAAUACGGAGAAAACAGCCGCUCCAACUGUGAACCCAAACCAAAGCCCAGGCCUGUUAGUUUGCGCCAUGCAAUCGCCACUGUAGUAAUAACUGGAGUUAUCUGUGGGAUUGUGUGUCUGAUGAUGUUGGCAGCUGCUGUUUAUGGUUGUGCCUAUGCUGCAAUUACUGCUAAAUAUCACAGAGAACAUUUGGCCCCGGUCAGACAGCAUGGGACUCCUGAGGAAAAAGAGCCAUUUGGUAGUUCCUUGGCUUGAAUUACUUCUGUCUUUGGCUUCUUGAAAAUAAAGCCCUCACUUCUGUUAUAAAGCCUGGAACCACAUUAGGAUUGAUUUAAUAGCAGUCACUCCUUUUGUGUGUUUGUUUGUCUUCUUUUUCAGAUUUUUUUUUUUAAUGUAAACUUAUAUAUUCUUUGGAAUAUAUAUUAAGACUUUAUGUAGAAGAAUGUAAGUUUGUCUAUAUUUUGUGUAAGUAAAUUCUGAAGCUGCUAUUUAAGGCUGUUUGAGAGAAUGAAAUCUUGAUGUAGCCACUUUAAAAUAUUCCAUUCUCCGUUACAAACUGUCAAUGUAAUAUUAGCACAGUGUAUGAGUUAUGCUGCAGCUACAGUCAGUAGCCAACAUGAGUGAACCUUCUGCAAAGCAAAAUACAAAAUAGCUACAAAUGACUGACCAUAUUUUAAGAUCUCAGAAUACCUGGUAUAUAUCCCAAAAUACAGGUCACAAUCACUUUUAGAACCUGCCAGUCUACACACUGCCAGUGAUAAAUAUGUCAAAACCAUUUCCAAAUACAUUUUUUGACCUUCCAAUCUGCCCUAGAAGACAAGAAUUAAACAUCACUGUUAUUUAACUUAGAAAAUAGGAAGUACCUUGUUAAUUAUCAAAUAUAAUUUUUAAAUUACUUAGUAGGGAAGAAGGAAGCGAGUUGAGAAAAUACUGAAGAAAGAAGAAAUGCUACAUUAUUUCAGAUACAAGAACUGAGACCAGCACAUACAGCAUAUAUGAAGAGACACUACCUGUUAUCCUGCUGGCACACAUGCUUGCUACAGACAUUUCUGAAGCUUCUUAUUCCCAAAUCCACACACAAGUGUUCUGUUUUGCAAACAUCAUGACUGCAGAUGCAGCUGCCAUCAUAGUGCUGCCCUUCAGUACGGAGCACAAUAGUUGCAUGUUCACAAAUUCUGUCCCACAGAGAGAACAUGCAGCUGGACUCAAGGGUCCACCCUAACUGUCUGCAGAGCAGUUUUGCCAUCAAACCAUUUGAGUAAUAUGAGUUCAGAACAGAAAGAAUAUUUCAAAUGUGCAGAAUUUUUUUUUUAAUAAUUCAUAGAAAUUAUUUUAAGGCAACCAACAGAGGUCAGCAACUCCAUCUACCUUUUCUAAGACCAGAUAAAAUACAUUUAGGUGAUAUGUGAGAGCUGUCAAAUGUGUUUUCUUAAUCUUUCCAGUCACAGGGUUAAAGACCUAUCUUGGUAGUUAAUACAGAAAUCAACAAUGAUUAUAAUUUAAGAGCUUUUCUGAGCAUCUAUCCUAAAGCUUUGGUAAAAAUCUUGCCAGUUAAUUCCAUUGAGCAGAAGACUUAAGGAGAAGGGCUGGGUAACAGUCUGCAAUAAGGGCAAAAGGAGGCUGUGUUGUGGCAUUUGGAGACCUCCCCUCUCCUUCCAACAGAUGGAUUCCAAGAUCAAGUUCUGUAGCUAUUCUAAUAACAGCCUCAACUGAGUAAUAGGCUAUAUGGCAGGAGUCAUAUAACCCUUGCUCUUAUCUACUUAGUAAUAAUUGCAACCUAAAUAUUAAAGCUCAUUCCUGCAGCUGCAGUUACUUUCAUGUCCAGAGAAAAUUAAGCAUCUCAGUCUUAAUCUAAAUCUAGCAGACAUUGAAAACAAUCAAUUACUGUCUGUCUUUUUUUUUUUUUUUAACUGCUAAAUACUUCAUAUUAUUAUUAGACUCUGUUCAUUCUUCUCUGUCCCGAACUAAAUAAACCAAGCUGUUUCAAAUUUUCCUGAAAGAAGGCCACACUCUCCAAACUUUAUUUUUACCUCCUGCAUUCCCUGGAACAUUUUCAGUUCUUCUACAUUUUGUUUAAAAUAUGGUACCCUAGACUGGGCACAUUACUUCUGCUGAGACAUCAUUGUAACAGAAUUUUUAGAAUAUUUAUACUCAGGCUCUUUAAAUCUGAUCUCUUGAUGAUGUAGCUCACAAGCAAGUUUGCUUUUUUUUUCCUUUUAAAGAUUCAGUAAAGCUUAAUGAAUAAUUAUUUUCAGAGCUAAGUCAUCUGAGUGUGUAGAUUUACAUCUUCUAGUCUUUUAUCUAUUUAUUGCAAUAAUAUUUUACAAAGCAAAACAUAGUUUUUCAGAUAGAGAAGACUAAAGUAAUACAGGAUAGGAUCUUAUUGCCCAUGGGCCAAAAAAAAUUGACACGACAAAUCAGUGCUUUUCUAUGGUGACAACCUAAAAUAAGCACACUUGUGCUCAAACUGCAGAUCCUAAGAUAAAAGCUAAUAAACCUCUGACCUCCAGAGAGAUUUCACCCACAGUGUUUCUAAUAGGCUCAGAUACAGCAAUGCUGCUUCUACCACAAAUAAGUUUACACUUCUGAUAUCUUCAAGCAAAGGAAAAACAAGAACUGACUUGGUAAUUCCUAGUCAGGAAUAACCAGAACACCUUCCUAGUCAUUAAAAAACAAUCCUAUCAACAAAACCCUUUCAGCCUUUUCUGACUGUAAAACCAAUUUUUAAAAAGAGAGAGAGAGGAAAGAGGUGAGGAAGAGGCAAUGAAGGGCACAACAACAUUUAAAGAAACUCUUUCCAAGUCAUAUUUAAGAUGUUUUGGGGAUUUUCAUGCACACAUAAGGCUAUAAAUUGAUAUGGAGUUCUGCCAGAAAGCAAAUAUUUCAUAUUUUCAUUAGUUCACUCUGCUAUGGGAGCAGAGCAAGCCUACCCAUGCAGAAUCUGAUUUAUACUUUCUAACUUCCUGUUUGCUAAAGAAAGGGGAAAAAAUACAAGAAAAACCACCAAAACAAUAAAA